AUGUGCAAGGCCCAUAACGCUAAACGACGGAGCGUGGUGCCAACAGCUUCUAACAUGAUAGAACUGAAAUGGAGUGCAGAGUUGGCGUCUGUGGCCGAGAACUAUUCCAGGAAGUGCGUGUAUGGACAUAAUCCAAACAAAUAUGAUGAGGCACCAAGCUUUAAACGAGUGGGAGAAAACCUACGUUAUUCUACAAGAGAAGAAACUCCUUUGGAAGUUGUCAGUAGCUGGGAUGAUGAAAGAAUUGAUUACAAUUACAAUGCCAAUACGUGUGCUCCUGAUAAGAAGUGCGGGCAUUACACUCAGGUGGCAUGGGCGGAGACUGAAUACGUGGGAUGUGCUGUAACCAAGUGUACACCUCUGGUAGGAAAGUCCGACUCCGCCUACUACUAUGUCUGCAAUUAUGGCGAACGUGGGAACAUGAAUGGAAAUCGGCCUUAUAUUUCGGGUACACCUUGUAGUCAAUGUCCUUCGGGAUAUACCUGUAGUAAUAAACUAUGUCGCCUGUAA